AUGACAGACAACGAGGAUCAAAAUAAAGAAGAUCUGAUAUAUUACAUAAAUAGAUACAGUGUCAAUGAUAUAUUGGGAAAUUUAGAAGAAAAUGAUAAGUUAACAAAUUAUGAUGAAAAUAGCGGAAUAUGUGAAUAUGAAAUUCCAUUUCUUUUGGAAAAUGUCGAUAAUAAUAAUAAUAAUAAUACUAAAGAACAUUCCGAUAGAAAUUCUGUAUCUAGUUAUUUCGAUGAUGGAACAUGUUCGAUUAUUUCUAAAAAUGAUGAAAAACAUUAUAUAGACAAAUGUGAAAAAGACAAAAUGCCAAAGGAAAAAAUAAAUAUUAUAUUUAUUCAGAAUAAAGGUGAAAUGAAUAGCUUUGAAGAUAUUUUAUCCAUGAAUAAUGCAAGCAGUGAAAAUUUAGAAAACAAGUUAAAUGAUAGAUUUUAUCAACUAUGUUGUAAAAGUAUUGCUGAUGUGAACACCCACAAUUUAAAUAAAACUAAAAAUAUUGUAAAAGAUAAAAAAGGGACAUUGAAUAUUGAGCAUAUAGAUUAUGGUGAUAUAUUUUUAACCAUUCGUCAUCGUCUAAGAGGGCGUGAAGAAAAAACGAAUAACAUGCUAAAUAAUAAUAAUAAUAAUGAUAAUAAUAAUAAUCAUUUAUAUAGUGACAUGGCUGAUAGUGUUAUUAGUAAUUGGAGGGAAAUAAAAAAUCAUGAAAAUUUUAUAAAAUAUGAAAACUAUAAAGAGCAUGAAAAGGAGUUUAUAAGGAGGAAAUUGAAAAAGAAAUGCGUCAAUAGUUUAAAUGGAGAUAAAUAUUUUAUGGCCAAUAGAAAAGUAUUUGAUUAUUAUCGUAAUAAUUUAGAUAGUUACAUGACUAAUGGGAAUGAAAAAGAUAUAUGCAAGCAAGAAAAUAUGUCUCUACAUUUUUUACCAAAAAAGAGAAAAUCAAUGAAUAAUAGUUCUUUAUACAAUUCUCAAAUAAUUGGACAAAAUGAAUAUAUUUUAAAGAAUAGAACAUUUUUAAAAAAAUUUUAUAUAAAAAAAAAUUUUAAGCAACAAGAACAUAUCCAUAAUGAUGAUUAUUAUUGUGAUGAUAAUCAUAGUGAAAAUUUAUAUAAUGAUGAUAUAUAUAAUUAUAAUAAAAACUUGAGUAAUAGACAAGGUAAUCUACCCAGCAAUGAUUUUAUUUAUUCAUGUGAAAUUCAAAAUAAGAAAAAUUCAAUACCACAUAAUAUAUGUGUCGAUAGAAAUGUAAUAACCCCACGGAACAGUACAUGGAAUAAUGAAAACGAAAUUCACGAAGAGGAUAUGGUUUAUUAUCAUUCUCAAAAUAAGGGAAAAAAUUCACAUUAUGUAGAAGCAGAAAAUGAAAUACAAUCAAAUCAUUAUUGUGAAGAUAAAAAUACAAACAGUUUUAACGAAUAUGUUAAUGAAAUUGAUAAACUCGAUGAAAAUUAUAAUAUGUUUAACAAAGUUGAAGAGGACGAUAAUAAUAAUAACAAAGAAAAUUUUAACAUUUAUGAUGGUGAUGAAAUAGAUAAUAACGAAGCAUUUGAUAUCAAAAUCGAAGAAAAUGAUGAUUAUGAAACAUAUAACAACGAAUUAGAAUUAGAGGUAGAGGUAGAUGAUGGAAUAGGUAAUAAUAUUCCAUUUAAUAAUAAUGAUAAUUUUGUAAAUUCAAAUAAGAAUGAAGAUUUGGAUAAUAUAAAUAAUUGUGAACAUGUUUCAAAUUCAAAUCAUACAAAAUAUGGGGAAGAAGACAAUGAGCAAAAAGCUCCAUCAAUAACCAGUAAAGAUGAUAAAGAUUAUUUUGAUUUACUAAUAAAAAAAUAUGAACAAACUAGAAUGUCAAUUAAUGAAUCUAGUACAGCCUCACUUAGUGAAAGUAUUUAUUUAUCAAAAGAAGGAACAAAAGAACCUUCUUUAAAUGCUCACGAAAUGUUAAAAAUCGCAUCUAACACAAAGAAUGAUGUAAAUAAUAAAAUUGAAUGUUUGAAUGAAAACUUAAUAGAUUUAAAAAAUAACAAGGAAAUUAUUAAUGAAGGGGAAUGUUUUAGUAAUGGUUUUUCUAUCGAAAAAAAUGACAUAGAAAAGGAAAAUGAUAAUAUAGUAAAAUUAGGAAGUGUAUAUAAUAAUGACAAAACAGAGGGGGAAAGAGGGAAUAUUGGAAACAAAAAUGAAAAAGUAGACUUAAAAGAUAGUGAUGGAUAUGAGAAAUUAUUAAAAAAUGACAUGUACGAUUUAUAUAAUAUUAAGAUGCAUGAUUUAAAUAACUUAAAAUCAUAUGAUUUUGAAUUUUCAAAAAAUUUAUUAAAAAACGAGAUUUUUUUUUGUGGUGAUAAUAUAAAAAGUGAUGAAAUAAAUUUAAAUGAUAAUGACAUAAAUGAAAAGAUUGAUUCACUAAUGAACAAUUACAAUAUUAUGAAAAACAAACGUGACAAAUUUAAUGAAGAAGAAAACGAAAUUCAAAACUUUUUAGCAGAAUUAAAAGCUGAUGUAACUAAUCAACUCAAUCUAAAUAACGGGGAAGAUGAACAGGCUUUUGAUUUGCUUAAUUCGUUUGAUAUAAACAAUAACUUUGACGAUUUUGUUGGCAACUUUGAUGAUACAAAUGAUAACAUAGCUCAAAAUAAAUCAGACAUAGACAAUAAUAAAGAGUUCGAACACGAAAAUGAUAUAAAUCAUGAUUAUAACGAUUGUGGUACAUAUAUGGAUGAUAUAUAUAAUAACAAUAAUGGUGAUGAUAUUUCGAGAAAGGGAUCACGUCUGAAAUUGUCUGAUUUAAAUGACGAAAAGAAUUUAUUUCCAGAUGUCAACUCCUCUUUUAAUACUCCUAUAAAAUCUUCUGAACUAAAGAGAGAUUCAGAAUGCCAAACAAAUUCACCACUUAUAUUUUCUAGAAGUAAUAGAACUCCUAGGAAAAAAAGUGUAGAAGUAAUAUUAGUAAAGAAAAAAUUAAAAAAAAGAAAAGAAAAAGAAUCAAAUAUAUCAUUUGAAAAUACAACACAUGAUGAUUAUACUGUUGGUACAACUACUGCUACUAGUAGCAUCAAUUCGAAAAGAAGAUAUCCUAAAAGAAAUAGAAUAAAAACGUUGCGAUACUGGAUAGGUGAAAGGGAACUUACUAGAAGAAAUCCUGAAACAGGCGAAAUAGAUGUUGUAGGUUUUAGUGAAUGCAAAAAUUUAGAAGAAUUAUCUCCUCAUAUUAUUGGUCCAGUUUAUUAUAAAAAAAUGUAUUUACGAGAUGUGAAUAAUUUACAUGGAAAAGGAAACGAAGAUGCUAACAACAAUAUAGAUAGAAAUGAUAAUACUGAUGAAGAAAAUGAAAUAACGAUAGAAAUCAAUAAUGGAAUGUAUGAAAAUGAAGUGUAUAAUAAAAUUCAGAAUAAAGAGAAUUCUGUGAAUAAAAAUGAUAAUGUUAGUAACAUAUUGAAAAAAAGUAUAAAUGGUAGCAUUCAUAAUAGAAGUGAUAAUGAUGCAAUAACUAGAAAUGGGAAAAAGAAAAGAAAAAAGUUUAUUAAUGUUGUUAAUUAUAUUAAAAAAAAAACAAAAAAAAAAUUAGUCAAAGUUAUAGAUAAAGAAGUAGAGCAGGAAAAUGAAAAUGUAGAUAAUCGUAACACUUUUUCAAAUAAUGAUAAUAUAAUUAAUGACAUAACAAAUGUCAAUCACAAUUCUCAAAAUAAUUUGGAUCAAAAUUUUAUUGCAAUUAGUAAUGAUUUUAUUGAAAAUGAUGACAAUAUUUUUUUCGAUGCGAUUAGUCUUGGCGAUAAUGCUCACAUAAAUGAUAUUCCAGAAAAAAGCGAAGAAAUUAUUGAAGCACCAGGAGUAGAUGCAAUUGAAACGACUAAAGUUAAUGGAAACGAAAAGGAAAUCAAUUUAGAAAAGGAAAUCAAUUUAGAAAAGGAAAUCAAUUUAGAAAAGAAUAAAGAUGUACAUGUGAAAAAGAAAUUAUUAGAUAAAAAGAAAAAGAAAAAAAAAAAGAAAAACAAGGGAAAAGAAAAGGAAAUAGACGAAAUGUACAAGCAAUUAUCAUUUUUGAAUUUUAAUUCGUUUUAUUCUAAAGGAAAUGAAGAUAAAUCAAAAAUAGAAAUUUUGAAAAAAACAAGUACCAAAAAAAAAGGGAGUAAAAUUGAUAAAGAAAAGGUAGAUGAGGAAAAUGAUAAACAUAAUAAAAAUUCGGGAAAGGAAGCCAAAGAAUUAAUUACAAAAAAAAAGAAAGCCAAGAAUAUGAAGAAAAAUAAAAAGAGAAAUAUGCAGAAUAAAGAAAUGAAAAAUUAUUAUGAAUAUACAAAUAAUGAAAUCGAAAAGUUCUACAACAAUCCAAAUGAUAGAAUAGAGAAUGAAUACAAUAUGGGAGUCGAUUUAGAAGCAUCAAUAAAAACUGAAGAAGAAAAAACAGAAAAAAUUGGAGAGUUGCCCAUUUUAAAUUCAUAUACUAAUGAGCAAUAUGAGCACAUAACGAAUACAAAUGAUAUAACAAAUUCGAAAAGUGAAAAUUUUGAACUCCACAAAAAUGAAGACGAAGAAGUGGAAAAGCUACAAACUUCUACACGUCGAAAAAAGAAAAAAAAAAGUGAAAGUUUAAUUCAUGAUACAAAUGAAUUGAAUAAAAAGCGAAGAAAAACAGAUGGAAAUAAUUCAGGGGAAUUAAUUUCUAUUAAUGAAAAUGAUGAGAUAAAAAAUGUAGAUGCUGAUAAAAAAAUAAAUGACAAAGAAGGUAAAUAUAUAAAGAAAGUUGACAAGGAUACAAUUAUGGGAUCAAAUGGAAAUAAUAUUGAUGAAUUAAAUAAGGAUUUUGAAGAUAAUGAUCAAAUUAAAAAUAUAAAAAAAGAUGAAAAAAAAAAAGAGACAAAUACAGAUGGUUCUAAUAAUAUGAGAAAUAUAAAUUUAUUAGAAGAAAUAGAUGCAAAUGAAAAAAAUAGUACAUUAUGUUUGGUAACUCACAAUAAAAAAAAUAAUACGAAUAGUCAAAGUUUUAUUAUAGAUAAAUUAAAAUCGUAUUUCAAUAUAAAAGAGUUAAUAAAUGUCAAAAAACAAAAAACAAAUAAUGUAAUAUUAAAUACUUUUGAAAAUAAACAAAUAAUAAAUAAUAAUCCUAUACGUAUUUCUCUUUCCUAUCCUUCUAGUGUAGAAUUAUCAGUUGAAAAUAGAUGCAACCAAACAAGAAAUGGACAAUUUCCACUUAUACAAAAGAACUUAAGCAACUUCAAGGUAGACAUAAAUUUAUUUUGUGUUCAAAUUUUCCCAAACAAAGCACAUAGCUCGAAUAGUUAUGAUAAAAUUUUGAUUGGGUAUAUAUAUCAGGGAAAAAAGGUAAAGAUUUAUUUUAAGAACCAAGAAAGAUAUUUUGAAAAGGAUGAGUUUUUUUACAUACCCAAAUACUCUCCUUUCAAAAUUGUCAACAUAAGCAGGGACAAUUGUAUUUUAUAUGUUUAUCCAAUAAAUAAAUAA